UGAAAAUUUGUAAAAACAUGAGUGGACUUUGGUUUAAUAUUUUAUGACAUGAAUUGGAAUGAAUGCCAUUUUAGUCUAGAGAUUAAAAAAGUGCUAAUGUGUUUGAGGUAACAUUUGUAAGCUCCGAGAAGAAUUAUUUAUUGAAUAUUAGAGGAGAUAUGUUCAUUGGUCUAAAAGCUUUGCCAGUAUUGGAAUAAUUUGAAAGAAGCACUGUAAACAUGGAGUCCUUACCCAAUGAUGUCACCCGUGUCUUCCUUGCCACUGCCAACAUUGCCACUUGUUUUGAACAGCCCCACAGCAUGGUUGAGGCUUGGAUGGACCAAAUGCUCAAGGGGCUACCCGAGGAUAAGCCUGGCUUUGUGGCAUUGCACUGCCAGGAAGUUGGUGGAAAAAAUUACCUCAAACCUCUGCACUCCAGGGAGAAGUUUCUUGAGGAACUCCUAGGACGGCCUGAGCUGCAGGACUACAAUCGCUGCCUCAUUUAUCUUGAUGGUGACACAGCAUCUCCUGAUAAGUUCACGGCUCUUGGUAGUUUGUACUUCAUCCACAAAAAUGUUGAGGACGUCCAGACCUGGAACUUUGCAGAGGGAUGCUACGUGAAGGUAGAGGGGCGUACACAGUACACGGGUGAUCUCACUGAUGCACACACUAAGGAAAAGGUCAAGUUUCCCAGAGAAUUUUUCCCAGAGUGCAAGUGGUCACGUAAAGGCUUCAUGCGGACGCGAUGGCGCAUCAACGGCACAGAAUUAGACUUCAUCAACAUCCACCUCUUCCAUGACGCCUCCAACUUUCUCGCCAUGCAGGAGUGCCCAUCUGUCUACACCCUCAACAGACGAAGGGCGCUUAACCACGCCUUGGACAGGUUUCAAAAUGACGAGCUGCCAAACGUGCCAUUCUUUAUAUUUGGUGACUUCAACUUCCGUUUAAAUACAAAGUCGGUUGUAGAGAAUUUGACAGCAGGCUGCGUCUCGUCUUCAGUAGCUUUACCAAACUCCGUUGAUGAAGAACGUCACUAUCACAAAAGAGAGAGAGAGUCGCAGGGUGAUGAUACCUUGGAAGGUGAUGCCCAAGAAACGUCCGACGAAGGCAGUAUCAGCCGAAGGAGUUCCUGCGACGGUCUGCUCAAAUCCUGUGAUCCCGAACUUAUCGUCUCAAAACGAGGCUUCCGACACUCACAGCACCAGAUCAUCUUUCAGGAGAACAGAGGAGAGUGGUUGCGGCAAUACGACUACGAAGUGCAGAGCUUCUCGUCGCGGGUCAGCGAGUUACCGAUCACCUUUCCGCCAUCAUACCCCUUCGCGGAGGAGCCUGAUCCUCCUUCACUGGGCAGACUCCAACCUGGGGACGUGAACAGAGCUUCGUCCAUCGUGUCUACGGAUGAGGGCUCUACCUUGUACGAUGCAAGCACAUCUGCAGACGCUGGAGGUGGUGAAGCGAGUGCUGUAGUGGGUUACCACUACGCCUACACGCGCGUGCCCGCGUGGUGUGACCGCGUGCUCUUCAGUAAAGACGCCCAACAUCUCCUCAGUAAGACUCAACAUCUGGGGGCUCGCUACGAUAUGCUGGGAUUGGAUACGCCAAUGGGAGAUCACAAGCCUGUUUGCUUGGUGACGCACAUACCUCACCACCAGGGCCCGGGCAAGUUCGACGGUUCCCCAGCUCCUCUUUCUCCUCCUGUGUGCUUGUGCCACCGACUGACGAAAUGUCCCUCGUUCUCUAAGAGAGCCCGAGUUGUGUACCCCAACCCAUGCCACAUUAGUUCCCAGCGAGAGCUCUCUACAGAGAGCGGCCCUAGUUUUAGCUAUGUAAUAAGUAAGGAGAGUUCCAGGGACAAUCCAGAUGAUGUGUGCGUACCUCUUACCAAAACCAGUAUUAUUGAUCAAAACCAAUCCAUACGUACGUGUGAAAGCCCCUCUAACUCUAGUUCUUCCGAUUCAGUGCUCAGUGGUUGCAUGCUACUGGAGUCGGACCAAGGAACCGUGCAGUUUAACUCUAAAAAUAUUAGUAAUACUACUGAUAUCCAGUGUCCAAGCGACCGAGUUAAUUGCUUAGUGUCAAGUACAGCUAUUCCUAAAAUGGUUAACCACCGAUUCGAGAAACACGAAAACCAUGAAGAUAGAGCGACGAGCGAAGUGAUCCUAGGCGGCGUGAGCGUUUCGUCAAGCACGAGAAUGGCGUGCGACUCGGUCAUUGACAAAAGUAUCACAGACGUGAGUGAAUCGAAUUCUUGUUUGGCGAGUACAAAGUCGACUGCAAUCUUGGAUUCUCUGUGUGAAGAUAAUGGGCCAGACGAAACUACUUGGUUAAUUGCGACGACUCCAGUUAUUAUUAGUGUUAGUUCUGCAGAUAAGAGCAUUGACGACAGAGUUGUUGGAUCAAAGUCUGCUUCACUGAUGUCAGGGAAGGAAGACGGCGAGUGUGUGAGCCUCACCCUAUCGACUGGCACUUUCGAGUUGACCGACGACGCUAAUGCUUGUGGUAUUUCUUUGUUAGACGAAGGUUGUGGUAAGCCUAAAGAUAUCUACAGUAAACUGGAGUUGAUGCGUAAAACCAAACGCUCGGCUGAGGCGAAACACUCUCUCAACAACCUCCUAUUGUCAGACUACGCCAAUGAACACGCGUCCGAGUCUAGUUUGAGCGGCGUGUGCAGUGAGGUCUCAACCUACGGCAGGAAAAGCAAAGACGAAGCUGAAUCCAUAUCACAAGUGAACAGCGAUGACUCGGAAUCCCUAAAGCACCGCCCGAGCAAAGAUCCGGAAAGCGUCUCACAGUUCUACGCUAGUGAAGACUCGGCGUCAUGUGACAAGACGAGACUGGCUAAAGACUUCGAGAGCAUAUCGCAGUCACCCACGUACGACAUCGCUGACGUAGAUAGCAUCGAUGAGCGCACUAAGAACGCAAGUGAUGAGGGUGGUGCCUUGGUGCCGCCGUCGUCAACGCAUAAGGUAGCUCGCAGGAAGCGUGGCUUGUUCAGGAGAAAGCCACCAGUGGAAGACCAGACCAGUGCCAGCAACGAUGAAAGUGGCAAUAGAAGUGGUAGAUGCUGCUGCUCUUGAGGUUACCUUCAUCCAUUCUUAUGGUGUUUAAUGACAGA